AUGUUAAAACAGGAUAGAAUUCCAAGAAAACAUCAGUUGGGGAAGAAAUUUAAAGUUUUAAUACCAACUAGGGACGACUGGAACAAGUCUAAAUUACUAGCUGAUCCAAAAGUGGAUCUUUGGUUCACAGACGGAUCGGAUGCAAAUGGUCGGUAUGGGGUAGGAAUCUAUGGGCUGAAAAGAAACCAUAGAGAAAGCAUACCUCUGGGCGGGCUGGCCACGGUCUUUCAAGCCGAAGUGAUGGCCAUCCUGAGGUGUGUGGAAACCCUUGCUGUAAACGAUAAUGCAAACCAGCACUUUUACAUAUGCUCUGAUAGCAGAGCGGCCAUACAUGCCCUUGCAAAGACCACUACAGAAUCGGCUGUAGUCUGGGACUGCAUGCAGGCAUUAGCUAGAUUGGGGGAAUCGAACAAGAUAACUCUAGUAUGGAUCCCAGGACAUCAGGGAUUUCUCGGGAACAAGAUAGCCGACGAGUUGGCCAAGCUGGGGACCCAAAUGGACCCAGCCACGCAGAUCGUUGGAGUACCUUUUGUAACGGGAAUCAACAUUAUCAGAGGAUGGCUUGAGCGGGAGCACGUUGGCUCCUGGAGAGCGGUGGGGGGCUGCCGGACAGCUAAACGGCUAAUGGAGCAACCAUCGCCGGGGAGAGCCGACGAGCUCCUGGCCAUGAACAGACUAAGGCUGAAGGUGGGAUUGGGUCUUCUCACGGGACACAUCACACUGAGGAGCCAUCUAAACAAACUUGGGCUUACGGAACAAAGCGACUGCCGCCUAUGUGGUGAGGAGAGAAAGGACAGCGCCUACAUUUUAUGUAGGUGUCCUGUACUCAUAUGUAAAAGGUAUAGAUCCUGGGGCUGCAUGUUCAUGGAGCCUGAGGAUCUAAACAAAAAAAGGGUUAGUAGCUUGAUUAACCUGGCAUCAGAUACUAGGCUGGGCUUAUUAGCGCAAUCCUAA